CAUAUCGGGUAUAACAGUGAGAGUUACCACAUGAUUGUAUUGAACAGAUAUGAACAGAUCAUCAUCGCUACCGAUAUCAUCGCCGAUACCGAUGACCAGCGCCCGCACGUCAUCGUCCGCAUCAAUGACCACCACUACCACCGCCGCCGCCAACAAAACACUACCGACGCCGUCGCCGACCACGACCCGCAAGCAAACCUAUUGUCAUCGAUAUCUGUCCAAAUUUGCCGGCAUAACUGCCGACACUAUCGACUGUCUGGUCAGUAAUGGCAUCGAUUCGGUGCACUCGUUACGGGCGUUAAAUAUGGACAGAUAUUGGCACCGAUUGCCACAGCAGCUAUCCAUAGGCCAGAAGUUGUUGAUCAGUCAGGCGUUGGACAAACUCAACGGCGGCGACGACGACGACAUCGACGAUAACAAUGACUGGACAGAGCCGUCAACCGAAAACAAUGGCACUGUUGCUGGCGAUGAUGACCAACAAGAUAGCUGGCCGUCGGUCGUUACGACGUCGCCGGACACGCUUAAGGCUAACAAAAAUUAUCAACCGAUGUCUAGAUUAUUAUCACCGCCGAUGGCCGAGGCGUCGUCGGCAACAGUGGCGGUGUUGGCCACCGAUGAUAGCGAGGCCGACAAAUUUCCAACGAUUGGUCGACAAGACUUUGAUCUACGAGAUCUUCAAUUGCAAACACAGCCCAUAGUUGCCAUAAAUCGGCUGAAAAUGCCGAUCAAAAAUGUAAAGUCAAAGGCAUCGUCAAAUGAGUCGUCGUCGCCGCCGUCGUCGUCAUUGUCAUCGGUGGCCACCACUAGGAUCAGCAAAACAAAGAAAACUAAGAACAACAACAAGAAAAAGAAGAAUCUAAAGACUAAGCCAUCAAAGUUUAGUCAGAUUAUGCGAUCAGCAGUUAAAUCGCUGGCCACCAGAAGUCAGACCUCCUGUACGUCAAUCACUCCAUCGGUUAGCAUCGACUCUGCCGAUGAACUUAUGGACACCAAUCAGUUGGCCGACUCAAUGGCUGCGACGGCGGCCAAAAACAAUGCUAAAACAAAAUCCGUGGCCAAAAUCAAAUGGAAACCAAAGUUGACGCCAAAAAAACUGAAGUCAAAGUCACCAAAACUGAAGUCAAAGUCACCAAAAAGUUCGCUAUUGAUCACCAAAAAGAAAUACAAGAAGAAGACGAAUAAGAAGAAGAUGACGACACAGAAGAAGAAGAAGAAUUUCAACAAUGAUGAGGAAGACGACGACAUCGGAGUCACCAAAGAUGGUCAACAAAAUCAAACAAACACCGACUGUUUGACCACAACAACUACUACCGAUUGUCCAUCGGAUAUACCUGUCGUUUGUCUGACACUUACCGGUACUUCUAUUAUAGAGAGUAAAGACGACAAUCCUGUCGAUGACGACGACGACGAUGAAGACAACAAUCAACAGUUAUGUACUGUUUGUUAUAAUAGUAGAGAAGUUAAACUAAUCAAUGGAUGUGUUAUAUGUAAUCCAUGUCAUCUGUUUUUGAAAAGACAUUUACGAAAAGCCAAACAUUUCCAAUGUCUAACCGAUCGACACGACUGUCACAUUGACCACCGAUUGGGUCCUAUACGAUGCCAGAGUUGUCGAUACCGAAAAUGUUUGCAAUUAGGUUAUCAGCCGCCGACUAGUAUUGUCCGUCAAUUGCCAGACAACGCAAACAACAACACGGAUGAUGUGACCAACGAUACCGAAACAACAGCUGCCGCCGAUAGUCUGGAGACUGAAACUACUGGAGACAAUGUUAAUGAUGAUGAAGAUGAAGAUGAAGACAUAGUAGAAGUGGAUGAUGUAUACCAAUCGGCUGGCCUAUCAUUGGUUCCGUAUUACGCGUCAGUCACCUGUGGCCGCACACCACCCGAUAGUCCACUACAACGACCACCACUACCGCCACCACAACCAAUGCCCGCCAACAUUGAACUAAACAAUAACUGUCCAGCAGUUGAAAUGCGCCAAAAACGGCCGAAAAAGUUAAACAUUAGAUAUUCACCCGAUUUGUGAAUUACCGUAAAUUAUAUUACCGUAUAA